GAUUUAACGUUUUUAUAAAGAAAAUAAAUUAACGGGUUAACCGAUUGAGAAUUACCGGCUGUCGUUCUAAUGACCUCUCGGUUCACUGAAUGAGAAUCUUAUUAAUUCCGAAUACAUUUCAAGACUCGUCACGUCACGAAAUUCUCAAAUGACCUACCCUGAGAGUUUCCUAUAUCGAGUUCCUGUUACCCGUCACGUGGCCCAACAGCUUUCAACUCCAGUCAUUGAGCAGAGCCCAGGAUUUUCCCCUUCCCCUAUUUCGCACACGUUUGCAGAUCUCAAGGAGCAACAUGACUACCAGCCCUACGGUUGUUUGGUCGAUCAUGGCCGCUGUCAUGUUUGUGCUUGGCUCGGCAGCAGUCCUCCUACGAUUUCUAGCCAUCCACCUUCGAAGCUCAAUGCCCAAGACGUACGAUUAUCUCAUCCUUCUGGCUUACUUUGGUUUGAUUAUUGAAGUCGUUUGUGUUUCUUUAUUCGGUAUUGCCCGUGGAGGAUAUGGUAUACAUGUAAACGAGUUAACUUUGGAAGAGAUUGAGAACUCGCUCAAGGGGCUUUUCGUCCAGCAAUGGAUCUGGUCCACAUCUAUUACUGCCUUCCGCCUUGCAAUUCUUUUGCUGUACAGGGAGAUAUUUUCCGCGAAGGUCGUCCGCUAUGGCUCGAUGAUCCUCAUCAUCCUAGUCGUUGUAAACGAGAUACAAUGCAUCGUGGUCGACCUCGUCCUAUGUAGACCCAUCCAAGCAAGUUGGGACAUCACAUUGGACCGGCAUUGCGGCAAUAUUCUUACAGCAGAGAUAUCCUCUGCUGUCAUCAGUAUGAUCAUCGAUAUUCUGGUAACAUUUCUUCCUCUGCCAGUCAUCUGGCAAUUACAACUCUCGAAGCAGAAGAAAUGGGUGCUCACUAGUGCAUUCUCAGUAGGCACAUGUGUCGCAGGUGUAAAUCUAGGUCGCCUUAUCUGGAAUUUAACAUGCCCGGAGUCGGACAAUACAUUUUGUCUUCUCAACAGCACCAUCUUCGUAUUAUCAGAGAUCUCACUCGGUCUUGUUGUGGCCACUGUACCGACACUUGGUCCCAUUUACCACACCCUGGGUGAGAAAUGGGUAUCCAUUGCGUCCUCGAAACCAUCAGUCAUCGAAGAAAGGUCUCAAAAGAACUUCCCCCCGACUGUUGGCUCGAUUUCGCUUAGACCUCAAAAGAAGAGAGGCCUGUACAACGACGAGUCGCUUUUACGGUCGCAGCCCGAUGUUGAACUAGGUUCAAGCGAUUGGCCUUCCCAACAUAUAGUCCCUCAGGCACUUUCUGAAGACCAUGGGUCUACAGUACCUCAAUCCAUGGGAUAUCGUUGGCGUACUGAAACAAAUGGAGACACGGCUAGCCAUAGCGUGUGCGAUAGAAAAGGCCAAGUUGUAGGAGGCGUUCCGCAUAGUGGUAUAAUACGGGACGUAGAGUAUGAUGUCCACGAAUGGCAACAAUCCCAUGGAAAGGAUUAAAGACGGAAUUUCUAUAUGGUGACCAAGGAGACCUCUUUGCAUAAGGCUUGAGAUAAGGUCGGGGUGGGUGGUGUAUGCGAGCCGGGGGUUUAACCAGCAGAGACGCUCGCGCCGCUGUUGACUAUUUUGUAGUUAUGAUUAACCUUGACACAAUGGAGACGCUGCCUCUCAGGGACUAGGAAAUCUUGACAUUAGAAUCAAGGAUUCGCGCGACUCGAUACUACAUUCCUG